AUGUCUCUGACUAAUUUUUACUCCAUGAUGGGGCUGCAGAGCGACGAGCCCUACGCCGCUGCGCUGCAGCCUCCGGCCGGCUGCUCCCGCUCCGUCCGGCCGCUGGAGGCGGAGGAGGAGGAGGGGACGCCCGGCGCGCACAUCCCGGACUUCUCGCACUUCUCCGGCAAACCGGGGACGUUAGCCGGCUUCUCUCCGUGGACCGGGGCCGCCGCGGCCUCCGUCCCGGGCCUCUUCUUGCCCUGCUACCACAGCGACCCGCUGGUCUCCGGAGGCUCCGACUCAAGCUUUGUGCGCGGCUGGGAAGGCGCGGCCCCGGCACCGGAGAGCGCGCUGUCGCAGGUUUCGGCCGCUUUUCCAGCCGCGUGCGUUCCCGCGCAGAGCGAACCGAGCCCGGGGUUCGACCCGGUGAAGCCCGAGAGCUCCCCGCCGUCCCACGGCAGCCCCGGGGAGUCCGGCUUCUGCAGCCCGCCAGAGGUGGUCCUGGAGCGGCUCGGCGCGGCGGAGGAGCCGAAGAAGGAAACCGAGGAGCGGAACCGGGCCGCCGCUCCGCCGCAGAACGAGUCCGGUAACCCCUCUGCGGGGUGGAUCCAGGCCCGCUCGGGCAGGAAGAAGCGCUGCCCCUACACCAAGCAGCAGACCCUGGAGCUGGAGAAGGAGUUCCUGUUCAACAUGUACCUGAGCCGGGACCGGAGGCUGGAGGUGGCCGGGCUGCUGCAGCUCACAGAGAGGCAGGUCAAGAUCUGGUUCCAGAACCGCCGCAUGAAGAUGAAGAAGCUCAUGAUCCGGGAGAGGAGGACCGUCCACCAGUAG